AUGAAGUGCGACGGAUAUGCACCACCUAAGCCCAAUGCCUCCAAGCGCUCCAAGCGUCGAGAACCCCCCUUGAAGCCUGAAGUAACCGUGUUGCUCCCACUGCUUUCUAUGCAGACCGUUGACCAACUCUCGUUGUUAUCAGACUCUGAAAAGGGCUACCUUCAACAUUUCCUACACUGGACAGCGAAACAGCUUUCACCCUCGUCUGCUGCCAUGAACUUCUGGCUCGAGUACGCCCUUCCGAUGUCAUAUCACUACGAUGCUAUCCGGUACAGCAUGAUUGCAGUUGGGGCAUCUCAUCGAGCCUACAUGGCUCACAGCCUACCAUACUCCCGCCCUGAUCAUUUGCAGCGUCCUGUCAUCCAGCACUACAACAGAGCCAUAUCUUCGAUUCUUCCUAUAAUGUCUGCACCGUCGAAUGAGAACAUUCAUUGCAUAUUAAUCUGCUGUCUGCUGUUCAUGACUUGUGAGGGACUGACUGGUCGGUACGAUGAACUCCUGCAACAUCUCGCUGCUGGUGAUACGGUAUUUCAGUCACAGCGUCGCCAAAACACCUCAGAUGCGUCGGAUAUGCUAGAGGGACUUGUUGACAUGUUCAGUGAGAUGGGUCUUGCAUCGUCUGGCUUUAUGGGAGACCAUCCUCUCUCGGGUAUCAAGAAAUGGUGUCGUAGUGACACUAGCACUGAGGGGAGCGCUGACUCGCCGUUCGCAACUCUCAGCGAGGCAUCAUAUGCCUUGCAUGAACUGAGACUGCACCAAGACUUCCAGCCAUGGAAUCCGGAGAGAGAAGACGGGUUGGCCAAUGAUAGCGCGUUUGAGGAUAUGCUCCGUCUCUGGAAUUCCCGUUUCGAAGCUCUGACCCAACGAUUGAUGCCAAACUUGUCAAAUGAUGAGAUAGCACAUGUCCAAACUUUGGAGCUCCACUAUCAGUCUCUGCAAAUGUACAUCAACGCAUACGAUAACAAAGGACGACAGCCUCCCCAUCCGUAUAAAGCCUUCAUACAGGCCGCAGAGAAAGUAGCCGCACCUUUAAUAGCGCUAGAUCAACCUACAUUCUCACUAGACGGAUGUCUAGUCUCCGGUCUAUCAUUUGUCGCCAUCUCAAAUGAAGGCGGGGAUGAGAGACUGCAAGCACUUGACCUCCUUCGCAAGCUGAACCACCGCGAAGGCAUUUUCGACAGCAACGAUAUCGUUGAGAUGCAUGAAAUGGUAGCCAUGGAGAUGGAUUGGGGAUCUGGCUCUGAUUCUGAUUCUGACUCGGAUAUUGAGGAACCUGAUCCGCCGUUAAGAGCACCGAAAGGAAUACCGCAGAUGCUUGAGGUGCUUGCUCGCAAGACUGGGACGCCGAGCAAACGACUGGAGGGCCUCUACCCAUAA